UCCAACAGUUGUAUGGAUGGGCUUUUCUAGAAGUCCUCUGCUUUUACAGUAUUUAACUAGAUGGGAAUGGAUUUUCCUUGGCCAGAUUUUCUUUAGUGCCAAGUCUCUGGGGAUUUCCCCUCACCCGCUUCCCCUGAUUUUCUGUGCGUCAGGUCGUUGCUCCAACAAGAAAUGUGCAAAGGUCAGCAGUUGCUGUGGGGCCUUUCACCAGGCGAUUAUAAAACGGUAGCACUUAAACAGAACACGGACAGGCUGAAUGAUUUUGAUGCGUUCCCUGGCAGGGCAGCAAAAGGGAGCAUCAUUCGGAGACAAAGUCAUCUAGCCUAUUCACACACACUGCUGGAGUCCUCAUUUUUGACUGUCUCACUGGAUCCCCCGAUAACUGCUGAAGGUUCCCUCAAAGAGACAGCUCUCAAGUAGAUGUGCUCUGCUGAUGUCUGUACAAACUUAUACACAAAGUUUCUGUCACUACUUCGCUUCAGUCCCUGGCAAUCCAGCCUAUGGCUUUCCCCUUCCGUUUGAUACAGAAGUGCAGGUUGUUCGUGGUGCUUGUUCUCAUGGCUGCAAUUGUCAUGCUCUUCCAGAACAAUUCCAGACCAAUAAUCAAGCCAGCAACAAGUCCCAGCGACGAUCCUGUGGUUGUGCUGGUAUGGAAUUGGCCGUUCCUGGUGAAUUCUAUCACAGAAGCAAAUGUUUGCCGGGAUUUGUAUGCUGUUGAGAACUGCAUCCUUACGUGCGACAAGUCGAUGUUUGAUCGUGCAAAUGUUGUGGCAUUCCACCACAGGGAGCUCCAAAACAACAUCUCCAAUCUACCACGUGAGAAGAGGCCUCACAACCAGAAGUGGCUCUGGGUCUCUCUGGAGUCUCCAUCCAAUACAAAAGGGAUCCAUCAUCUAAAUGGUCUCUUCAACUGGACUAUGACCUACAAGAGGGACUCUGACAUCUUCAUCCCUUAUGGACAUCUGAUGAAAAGAAGCCAACACUCUGAUGUUUCUAUUCCAAAGAAACCUUUUCUCGCCACGUGGGUUAUUAGCAAUUAUCACAGAAAAAGUUGGAGGGCAGAAGUGCAUUUGAAUCUAUCCAAGUACAUGCAAAUUGACAUCUAUGGAAAGUCAGUCAAAAAAUAUCUACCCAAGACACUUCUAUUGCCAACAAUAUCAAAAUAUGCCUUUUACCUCGCGUUUGAAAAUUCCAUACACAAAGACUACAUCACAGAGAAACUCUGGAGAAAUUCUUUCAUGGCUGGGUCGGUUCCUGUGGUUCUUGGUCCUCCACGAGUUAACUAUGAGAAGUUUAUUCCUUCAGACUCCUUCAUCCAUGUGAAUGACUUUCCCUCUGUAGAGGAGUUGGCCAGCUUCCUAAAAAAUCUCUGGCAGAACAGGACUGGCUAUGAGAAAUACUUCAACUGGAGAAGACAUUACACAGUUAAGAUGCUCACAAACUGGACAGAAAGGUUUUGUACCAUUUGCUCUAAAUUUAAUAGUCUUCCUCAGUCAAAAAUAUAUGACAAUUUACAUGGCUGGUUUCAUAAAUAAGGAUUUUUUUAAAUAUUCCUCAAAAUUAGUACUUUUAAAAAAUGUUUUAUUAUCAAUAUAUAUGA